AUGCCCAGUAGUCUGCAGGUCCUUUUGCGACGAUACUUGCUUAGUAGCAGUCGGGAUGGCAGUAUCGCCCUUUACGACCUGGAGGCAGAUGCUGCUUUUAACUUAAACGGAGGUUUUGGCCCUGAGCCAAAGGUUCAUCCCAUUGGUUACGUGCAGAGAAAGCCUGAUAGACCUCCCAAACGCAACUUGCUUCCUCUGCACUUCCAGCCGGCGGCGGAGCGGCUAGUGUUGAGGGGACAAAGAUUGCUAAAUGAAUCAGGAAGCACUUCGGCAUCAAGGGAGAAAUUUGCCGGAUCAAAUGGGGCUCAAGCAGGCCAUUCACGGUCGGUCACUAGUGUCGAAUUCAUGCCGGGAGACAACGGGUUGUUCGUUUCUACUGGACUCGACAAACUUCUGAAGAUAUGGGAUACACGAGCAUGGGAAUGCGUUCUCGACAUCGCUGUUGAGAGUCCCAUUCUGUGCUGUGCUUUCGACCGAGUUGGUUUCCAUUCAAAGACGGCAUUUGGCUCCCGGGCGCGUUCGUCUAUGGGCUCAAUUGAGCAUUCUGUAGACUCACAGGCGAAUCUGACACUUGCCACGGGCUGUCAAGAUGGCAGUGUUCGCAUUUUUGACAUGAGGUGUGGAGUUGCCCAGCAGACGUUUGUGGGACACAAAGGCGCGGUGCUAUCCCUAACGUGGGAUCCAGUCACUCCAUCUCAACUGUUUUCAGGCUCUUCCGACAAGUCGAUUAGGAGGUGGGACAUUCGGCGGAAUGAUGCUUGUUUGGGGGUGUUUGACAAGGGCAAGCCAGAUCUCGAUUUCUUCCUAUCUUCCGUGGUUACUUCGGACUCUCGUAGGACCAAAGUGCCCGACCGGCAGAUCUUGACUCACGCAAAGAAGCGCACUCGAAAUUCGUUUGAUGGGAUGGUGAAUCGGGGUCAUGAAGCUAAGAGAACAAGGUCAGAGGGACAAACAAAGCAACAGCAUCCUCUAUCAUCCAGCGAGCCAGCGCGACUCCGGGAUUCUCUGCGUGACCACCCGUCGGACCCUCUCGCUUCAGAACAUCAUGAGUCAAUGGACGUUAUAAGAGGCGCAGUUGGCGUACGGGGGACUAUAAUUUCUGCGUCAAUGCUGGAGAGAGGCAGCGGCAGCAGUCGCGGUGUAUCCAGUUUGAGUAACAUCGGGGACAUGGAAUGCGAUGCAUCCCCCAGUAGCCGCGGUGGUUCACAGAAACAUAUUCUGCAGAUGGGCAGCGGAGGUAGGACAAAAAGACGGCUUCACGUGCCGACAGUUUCGUCACCUCUAUGCCGGCUGGCAGGUUCCGAAAGUUGCAUCCGUGCAAAUUCAGAGAGCGUCAGCUUUCCUGCCAAGGUCCCGACUUCUCAGGGGCUCAAUGAAGAAAUGCCCCCGCAAAACCGACUAAAUCGACGCGAAGAAAGAGGGAAGACUUGUUCGGCCGUGUGCGACCCCCUUACCUCAGAGGGAGAAUCUUAUGCUGGCGGGAAUGGAGCACUUGGGAGUGCUAGCGAGGCGCGGCACGCGGUAGGCAAGCUGUUUGAUCACUCUGAUCCCGUGUGUUUUGAAGGGAACAGACACGGCUUAUCAAGCGUAACUGGUAUAUCAUGCAGGGAUGGUAACUCCACGACUGAGGCCGUUGCAUCCGGCCAACUGUUUUGUGGCAGUGGACGCCCACGGAAAAAUGCAACUGCAUUGCGAAGUGGAGAUACAUGGGGAGUUUUUGGAGAGCCUGAAUGCCGAUGCACUGGUUCAAAAUUAUUUUUGCGUGGAGAUGGCUAUUCAGGGAGUACAGUCCAGGAGCGAAGCGUGUUUUCUGAUGUCAGUGCGCACGAGGGCGCAGUAACGUGUCUUGUGCCAAGCCCGGAUGGCGCUUACCUUGUUUCAUCCGGAAGUGAUGGGCGCAUAAGGUUAUGGAAUGCUUUGACUGGCAGCCACUGCUUUGUUCACAUGAUUCUGAACGUCCCCAGCGAGAGUUCUGUCCGUGCAUCGGCGCGAGAACCUCGCGGAGGACGAAUCGUUGGGACUCCAGCAAAGCCAGAGAAGCCGAAAACGACCACCAACAUGUAUGGUUCGAUAUGGGGGGUCCAAGCUGCCAUGUCAAGGAGCGGCGAGUAUCUUAUCCACGGAAGGGGCCGGGUGCUUUGCACAUUCGACAUUAUGACAGGAGCAGAGCUGCAGAUAACUGCACCCGAUCAUAGAGAUGAUAUUGUUUGCGUCAUAUGGAACGAUGAGAAAAGCGAAGCAUAUGCUGGGGCAGUUGACGGUAGUGUCCUAAUAUAUGAUGCUACGUGCGGUUAUGGAAGUGAUGACUCAGAGGAAGAAGAUGACAGUGAAGAGGUGGUCCCCGUGGUGGACGUUACGCCGGUGGAACCCUUGUAA